AUGUCUGCCCAAGAAGUCACUGUGGUCACUCGACCGAGAGCAUCUGACAUCAACGGCACUAUCCAAAGCCUCAUCCAAAAUCUAGUCAGUAUCAAGGACGAAACUGGAAGAUUCCUGCUCCAUUUGUCAGACGGUCGCGUGAUUGAUACCAAGUCAUGGAACGGCUGGGAAUGGACUCACGGUAUCGGUCUCUAUGGAAUCUGGAAAUACUAUGAGUUGAACGGGGACCCAUCUCUCCUCAAGAUAAUUGAAGACUGGUUCGCCGCUCGGUUUACGGAGGGGGGUACCACCAAAAACAUCAAUACGAUGGCGGUCUUCCUCACCCUAGCCUACGUCUAUGAGAAAACGAAAAACCCUACCUAUCUUCCCUGGCUAGAUACAUGGGCCGAAUGGGCCAUGCACGGGUUGCCACGUACGCGCUACGAUGGUAUGCAACACAAAACUUAUGCCAUGGAGCAUAAACAGCAACUCUGGGACGAUACGCUGAUGAUGACCGUGCUACCGCUGGUCAAAAUUGGAAAACUACUCGGGCGCGAAGAGUAUAUCCUUGAAGCCAAGAAGCAAUUGUUGAUUCACAUCAAAUAUCUCUGCGAUCGUAAGAGUGGCCUUUUCUACCAUGGAUGGACUUUCGAGGAAGGAGGGCACAACUUCGCAGGAGCGCUCUGGGCUCGUGGAAAUAGCUGGAUCACCAUUGUCAUCCCCGAAAUUAUCGAGCUCGUGGAGCUUGGUUCUACAGACCCUCUUCGUUCAUAUCUCGAGGAUACUUUAGAUGCUCAAUGUGAGUCCCUGCAGCGACUGCAAGAGCCCUCUGGCUACUGGCGGACUUUGCUUGACCAGAAAGACGAAGGAUCAUACAUUGAGGCCUCGGCAACGGCUGGAUUUGCCUUUGGUAUUUUGAAGGGGAUUCGCAAGCGCUAUAUUAGCGAGGGGUAUAGGGCUAUGGCAGAGAAAGCUGUCAGUGCUGUGUUGAAGUCGAUUGACGAGAAUGGAGAGCUCCAAAAUACUAGUUUCGGGACGGGUAUGGGUGAUGACCUCGAUCAUUACCGCAAUAUUGCUGUCACGGCUAUGCCCUACGGACAAGCGAUGGCUAUGAUGGCUCUAGGGGAAUAUUUGAGAACGUACAUAUAG